AUGACUCCUCCUCUGAAUUCACACCACGUCUCUUCAUCUGAGUCGCUGUCCGACUCAGCCUCGCUCGUUCAUAACCCAAAUGAAGAUGAAAGAGGAAGUCCCGCACACAAUGAAGGCUCUAUGUCGCUUGAUAAAGAAGCCGAAGCAUCUACUGGGGCAUCUGGCACAAUAUCCAGCACUAAGCUCUUGAUAGCCGCCCAGGUUCUUGAGCAGGAAGCCAAGAAGCUGCAAAGCUUAGUCCCAAAUUCUCCUACGGAAAAUCUCAACCAUCGUCUCAAUCUAGCUAUAGGAUUAUUGGAAGAGGCUCAAAGAGAGCUGAAGCAAAUGAAUACCACUAGUCAACAGGACAAGACAAAUUCUGUGAUCGAAGACAAAACCGACAAUCCCACUGAAGGGCAGCAGGACAAGAUUGCUUGCAAGGUGAAGCAGUCUAGCAUGGAAAAAUGGUCUUUGGAUUCAGUGGAUCAUACACAUGCUAUUGUCGCAUACUAUCCCUCUACAUCUCUCAUUGAGAUUGAUCACGAUGGAAAGAAAGUCGCAGAACGGGUUUUAGAUCACCAAGAGCGCCCCCACAGAGUAGGACUCGUUUCGGAAUCCUUGAUACAGGAGAUCGAUGAGAUCACAGGUAUCAAUCAAGACACGGAACCACCCAUAUUAUUGGCGCCGCCAUACAAGCUUCUUAUCAGGUAUCACGAAGCGAUCGGGGAAAGACUGGCGCAAUUGGAGGCUCAUCUACGCUUAGAUGAUGAAAGAUCUGACGGUACGCUCGGCCCAGAUCCCCAAACUGCUAAGCGCAAGGAAGGGCGCCCCGAAACCACAGCAGAGCUUCCCUUGCAGGAUGCUUCCAUGAGGAAUUAUGACGGCAGCAUGUCAUCCGAAAUGCGCAAGAGAUGGGUCGAGCGUUUCCAUCAUCUUAAACUGCUACAAGAGUUCAGUGAUACACAUCUAGCAUCGCAUCAUAGGACAUACGCCAAGAUCAAGUCUGGAGAUCUAGAAAAGAUCGCCUUCGAAGACCUGUGUUUUCUUUUUACUCCCGGUGAUAUCAUCUACAUCAAAGAACGAGGGUACGAACAGUUAGCCAAGGUCUAUUCGUUGACUGGGGGCCAACAACGAAAGGGCACCUGGAAAAAAGAAUACCAACGGUUUUCUGAUAGCAAGGAAGUAAAGAAACCUGAGGGAUAUGUGGAAAGCUGGGUACGCGGGUCUUGGAGUCCACUCAUUGUUGACUACUAUACCAUGGAGUCCGACGGAUACUACGUCGGUCCGAAGGAUCACUGCAAACAAAUCAAACACUUCUCAGGCGAGCGAAAUAUCACAGAUCUUGCCAUAUUUCCGCUCCGAUUUCAUGGUAAGAAAGACGAGAUAGUGGAGCGUCUUACAGAAAGGGGCAGAAAAUACUGUUCGUCAUAUGGGCACAAGAGCUACAGAGGCAUCACGUGUCCUGAGGACGACAAGGCAAGUCCUGAAAAUGUCUUUGGCGAUGUGUUUGUUGACAUUCAAGAUUAUUAUCGCGUUCCUGAGAGGUCAUCAUUAUUCUACGACCCAGACCCCGUUGUAAAGAAACCGGCUCUCGGUAAACUAUGUGCUGUGGAGCCAGAUACAGGAGAGACUGAGGAGUCUACAGGUGGAACAACGUUCCAUCUAUUCGACGCAGAGGUGGACAGAAAGGCUUCUGAUGAUUUUAUGCUAUCCCAUCAGCAUGAAGUUGAGUGUGCCCAACUCGACUCUAAUGAAGUACCCCAAGGAAUUCUUCAAUUGCUGCCUCAUUGGGUACCUGCAUACUUCUUUCGUUCAAGAAAGCACCAUCGCGUCUAUGUGUCUGGAAUUCAGAGUAUCGACAAGACAGAUGAAGCACGGGACAGUAGUUUCGAGAGCCUUGUAAUCCCAGACAGCCAUCGAAACCUACUACUAGGUCUCGUGAGAAACCUGGUGUUGGAUCAAGAGUCGCAUUCUGAAUCUGAGGAUGAUGUCAAUAGAUCUACUCAAAUCGAUCUUGUUCGAGGCAAAGGGCAGGGGCUGAUAAUUCUCUUACAUGGGCCACCAGGCUCGGGGAAGACCAGUACCGCGGAAACCUUGGCAGCAUAUACCAGACGUCCGCUAUAUCCAAUUACAUGCGGCGACCUCGGAACUAUACCAGAUUAUGUUGAAAGGUCCUUGUCUCAGCAUACAACGAGAGCUCAACGAUGGGGUUGCAUCUUACUUCUCGAUGAGGCUGAUGUCUUUUUGAGCCGUCGAGAUUGGCGUGAUACAAGUCGCAAUGGAUUGGUAUCUGUUUUCCUUCGUCAACUAGAGUACUAUUCGGGAAUAUUGUUCUUGACCACUAACAGAGUGGGCGUGCUGGACGAGGCAUUCAAAUCUCGCAUUCACAUGUCUCUUGCAUACCCCACUAUCAGAUUGCAACAAACUCUGGACAUAUGGAAAGGAAUCCUCGACCGCCUUGAAAUAGACAACCACACAAAAAAGAUCAAAGUCAGGUUUGACAGGAGUGCAUUGCUAGCAUGGGCCGAAAGACAUUACAAGACUCAUGAGACUAUGAACACUACAUGGAAUGGUCGACAGAUCCGCAACGCGUUCCAGUUGGCUAUCUCUUUAGGCCACUAUGACCGAGACCGUCAGCUGCUAGCUACUAACCUGACCAACACACAGGCCAUAGCUAGCGGAGAGAAGAGGUGGACCUCGGUGAGGUUGACGACAGCAAUUUUCAACAACAUUGCCAAGAAGGCGAGAGAUUUCGAGGACUACCUACAAGCUACAAGAGGGGAUGACAUCGAGAUUGCAAAAACAUUGUCCCUGCGACACGAUGAUGAGAAGGAUGACUUAGCAGAGUCUUUGAUGGCGCAAAAGGAUUACAAAAGGCAGAGCGGGGGACUCUUAAUACCUAGGCAAACAAACCGUGACAAAGGGUCGUCACGUAACAUUUCCAGCUAUGAAUCUCGGCGACCGCGUACAAGUAGGAAAGAAGAAAGUCCUGCGGGAAGAAGACGACAGAAAGGAAGCCAAAGCAUGAGGGAGGAGCAUAGUAAUGAUGAAUCCGGGGACGAGGAGGGGGGUGAAGAUGAUAUCAUUGACGAGAUUUCUUCCGAUGAUGAGUAGUAUCUACAUUAGCACUACUUGAGUUAUGUAAAUCUUUAGGGGGGAAAACGAGGUACAACUGAGGAUUAGAGCAGUGAUGAACCUGAAAGUUAAGAUAGAGGUUGAGGACAUGAACACAAUGAAGUAUUUGUAUGUUGCUCACUG